CCCGCCUCCCGGCCAGGGGCGGAGCCCACCCCGCCGACCCCGCCCAAGCCUGCGUCAGCCUGUUAUCCAGUCGCCGCUCACUUCCAGGCGGGAAGCCGUAAGAGAAGUCUCAGAAGGGACGUGGCUGGCGCCUUUCUCUGCGUUGCAAGCCGCGCCAUGCUCGCCCUCCGGAGCGGCCUAACUAGGGCGCUGGCUGCGCGGAUGCUCGCGCCCCAGGUGUACUCAUCUUUUGCUACAGGCCCCAGACAAUAUGAUGGGACAUUCUAUGAAUUUCGUACCUAUUAUCUUAAACCCUCAAAGAUGAAUGAGUUCCUGGAAAAUUUUAAGAAAAAUAUUCAUCUUCGGACAGCUCACUCUGAAUUGAUUGGAUAUUGGAGUGUAGAAUUUGGAGGCAGAGUGAAUAAAGUGUUUCAUAUUUGGAAGUAUGAUAAUUUUGCUCAUCGAACUAAAGUUCGGCAAGCCUUGGCCAAAGAUAAGGAAUGGCAAGAACGAUUCCUUAUUCCAAAUUUGGCUCUCAUUGAUAAACAAGAGAGUGAGAUUACUUAUCUGGUACCAUGGUGCAAAUUAGAAAAGCCUUCAAAAGAAGGAGUCUAUGAACUGGCUACUUUUCAGAUGAAACCUGGUGGACCAGCUCUCUGGGGUGAUGCAUUUAAAAGGGCAGUUCAUACCCAUGUUAAUCUAGGCUACACAAAACUAGUUGGCGUUUUCCACACAGAAUAUGGAGAACUCAACAGAGUUCACGUUCUUUGGUGGAAUGAGAGUGCAGACAGUCGAGCAGCUGGGAGACAUCGGUCUCACGAGGAUCCCAGAGUUGUGGCGGCUGUUCGGGAAAGUGUUAACUUCCUAGAAUCGCAGCAGAAUAUGCUUCUGAUUCCUACAUCAUUUUCACCAUUGAAAUAGUUUUCUACUGAAAUACGAAACAUUUCAUUAACUGCUAUCAGAUGUGUUCUACUAAUGGUGCUUAAAUUCUCCCAAGAGGGUCUCAUUUUUAUUUGAAGGAAGUGGUAUGUUGAUACACUAUGUCCCUUGCAUUUUUGAAAGCUGUAUGUGUCCUUUGUCACCUCCACUUCAGGAAAUAGUUCUGUUCACUUUCCCCAUGGCAUUUCCGUAUCUGUCGUACAUUAAAAAUAUUUGUCACUACUUCAAGAUCUUGACUCUUCAUUUAUUUCAGAAUAUUUGUUCUCUUUUGACAACCCUUUGCUUCAUAGCAUUUUCUUGUAUUCAAAUAAUGUUAAAUUUUCAUGCUUGUGACCAUAUUUUUAAAUUAUUAAUAUGUAUUAUCAAUCUUUUCAAUAUGUCUGUUUUCUGAGUUUUAAGUUUUUCUGUCCAGUAAAGUUUAUUUUGUAACACCAAAUGAGAGUCAUGAAAAUAUUAAACAUAUCUCUUUACUACCGAAAAGUACAUUAUCAUUUGUGUCAUCUAUAUUAACUGUGGUUUUCACAUUAGUUAUUAGUCACUUACUUGGAAAAUAAUGGUAUUAGGUCCUGGUAUUAAAA